GUGUUUGCUGUGUCCCCUAAUUUGCUUGCAAAUGGCCGCUCUUUGAUGAAGGUGUAAAGAAGGAGUAAAAGAAGGUGAAUAAAAAUACACCACUACAAAAAAAAAUAAAAAUAAUCAAGAUUAAGCUGUCACAUAAAAUAUAACAAAAUAAAAUGUAUUAGUCAUAAUGUUAUAAAGUAUGAGGGGUGUUAAUAGCUUUGCAAUGCACUGUGUAAGAAACGAGAUAGCAUCAACACAUAAUACAUAUUACCAGCCUUUCUCUUCAUCAACACCUUCUCAGGCAUCCACUCACAAGCUCUUCUCGUUCUCUCCCCCCCUAAAUGUCUCUCUCUCUCGCUCUCUCUCUCUCUCCCUCUCUCUCUCUCUCUCUAGGUCAGUGUGAUCAGUUUCUUUACUUCCUCCUUUUUUAGAGUGGCUAAGCUGAAUACCAGAACACAGGAUAUGCUUCACAUUGCUCUUAGUUUCACAGCAGCAGCAGCAGCAGCAGUGGCAGCAGCGGCAGCAGGAACAGCAGCAGAGGCGGUGGAUCAGCCGUGAGAACGACACGCUCUGCAGUCAAGAUGAGUGCCGGGGAUGUGGUGUGCACCGGCUGGCUCAUUAAAUCUCCCCCGGAGAAGAAGCUGAAGAGAUUUGCAUGGCGGAAGCGCUGGUUCGUGCUCCGGACGGGGCGCAUGUGCGGCAAUCCAGAUGUGCUGGAAUAUUACCAGAGCAAGAACUCCAAGAAGCCGAUCCGGACCAUCGACCUGAAGGAGUGCGAGGUGGAGAUGCUCGACAACCAGCUGCGGAUAAAGCGGGACUUUCACGGGAAGCACCUCUUCGUGGUGAAAACGUCUUCCCGUGUUUUUUACCUGGUUGCCAACACGGAGGAGGAGAUGAACGGCUGGAUCAGUAGCAUCAGUCAGAUCUGUCGAUUCGGGAACAUGGAGGAGGCAGAGAGCACAGAUGACGGAUCUUCCCUGACCCCCACCUCCAUUCAGCCAUCGGUGGACAGCGAUCGAGCGUCUCUAGCCAGCCAACCCGACACCAGUUAUCCGCCAGACUAUCUCCUUCUCUCACAGUGCGAAACAAGGAGUAUCCCCAUUAGGCAAGACAGCUUCUCGAACUCUGACAUCUCUUUGGAGCGGAGGUUAUCAGACGAAGCAGCCAGGGACCUACUCGCCGAGUCCUCCGCAUCCUUCAUUUCUCACAUGAGCCGCAGUCCGUCCCUUUACUCCAAUGGAAGGAGGGCCAGCGCCCCAUGCAGCGCCCCGUGCGGCUUCCCGGUUUUGCCAUCCUCCUCCUCCUCUCCGGUCCAUCACUGUUCUGCAAAUGUCUUCCAGUUCGACAAACCUUUUUCUCCCACCCCGUUUGAGGCAACGGGCGACACCCAGACGCCCCCUCCGCUGCCACCCAAGCCAAACCACCUGUCCGAGCUGCUGAGCAACGGAGGAGCUCACAGGUCACAGACAUUCAAUGUGCAGCAUUUCCCCGUCAGCGCGUCGGUGUUUCCCAGGAGAACCUCGUUGUCCGGUUUGGAUCAUUUCACGAUGGGCAACGCCGAGAGCAGAUUAAUGAGGCUCAGGAGGCAAAGUGUUAAUUUGCCCUGUUUAAAUACUGUACAAGUUCAAAGCUGCCAGGAUGAGUCGUACAUCCCCAUGGCAUCCCCUUCCCCUUCUCUUACAUCUGUUGAAUGUGAUAGUUACAUCCCCAUGAGCCCCAGGACGUUCAGUUUCCUCAGUACAAACUGCAGGGCAGAGUCUGCCUCAUCGUUCAGCCCACUAAUGUGCCAACCUGGAGAAAUUGCACCGCCUCCGAUUCACCGGCACCUCAAGCCUCGCUUACGGAGAGUUCGACCGCCACCUCUAGACCUGAGAGGCCUUUCGACAAUCACUGAAUUCCCCACUCAUAUUCCUCUAAGCAGAGUAACGGUUGAUUCAUGCUUUCCACUGACCCACUUACCUCUGGACAGAAGGCUUGAAAAUGAGGACAGUUCAAGAGAUGAAGUGACAAACAGCUCUGCACUGGAAUCAAGGCAAUCAUUCUGUCUCCCUUUUGAUGGAGCAGCUCAGCCUUGGAUGAGAAGCUCAAACCUUGAUUAUCUGUCACUGGAUUUCAACUCUGCAUCCCCCUCCCCUGUGCAAAAGCAGAAGCCAUUUCUCUCUGAUGACUACAAAGUGGACUACGUGCAGGUGGAUGAGAAGAAGACGCAGGCCCUUCAGAACACGAAAAUGGAGUGGAAGGACGUCAGGCAGUCACAAACCUGAAGACAGCAUUGUUUGAUGACACAAUCAUUAACAUGGACAUGAAUUCAAGAGCAUCAAUACUGAAAAAUAAAAGAGGAAGCUGGACGUUGUACGUGAAGGAUUAAGGAAAAAAAGCACUUUGAAAAACAGCACUGAAACAAAAAAAAUCACAAAAGCCAUGAAUUGCUUGUCUUUCUAGCGGAAGAACGCAGACAAAUGUAAAUGUUACUUGAUCAUGCAAUGCUCACUGUGAUUUCUCAGCUCGUUGUAGCCUAAGAUUCAAUCAGUUUUGUCAAAAUGAAAAACAAAAUGCUGUAAAUAUCUGUAUAAGUGUAAUAUAAAGAUCUAAGUCUAUACAAAGGUCUAAGUAUGUGAGUUUUAUAAAUGGCAUUAAUUGA